AUGGGGAGUACGGAGACGAGCGUCCAUGUCCGCCCUUUGUCGACUGCAGAAGGAUUCAUCUGUGGUGGACUCGCUGCCUGCACUGCGGUCACUGUCUCUAAUCCCGCAGAGGUAGCGAAAACUCGUCUGCAACUACAGGGCGAACUCGUGAGGGGUGGUGGUGUCAAGGUUUACAACAGUGCCAUCGACGUGCUGGUAAAGACGUGGCGAAAUGAAGGCAUCAGAGGCUUACAGAGGGGAUUGUCUCCUGCAUACGUUUACCAAAUUCUCUUGAAUGGAUCGAGGCUUGGUUUUUAUGAACCGUUCCGUCGCACUUUCAACCGCUUGGUAGGACGUCCUAUCACGGAACAAAUUGCUACUACGUCUGUUGCUGCAGGUGCUGCCAGUGGUAUUGUUGGAGCCUGCCUCGGCAAUCCCUUGUUCCUGAUAAAGGCCAGGAUGCAGGCUUAUUCACCCGCGCUUCCCGUUGGAACGCAGCACUAUUACAAGGGCUCACUUGAUGCAUUAGUCACGAUAUUCCGCGCAGAAAGAUUUCGCGGCCUCAUACGUGGAAUAGAUGCGGCUAUGCUUCGGACAGCUUGUGGAUCAGCUGUGCAACUUCCCACAUACAACUGGACUAAAAAGCACCUUGCUGCUACUGGGAUAACCAAUGAGGGUAGCAUUUGGACAUUUCUUGCCAGCAGUGCUGUUUCAGGAGCUUGUGUAUGCUUGGCCAUGCAGCCGGCCGACACGGCUCUCACUAGAAUGUACAACCAGCCGACCCACCGACUACCAAAUGGUAGGAUGGUAGGGACUCUGUACAAGCAUCCCUUCGAUUGUCUCUGGAAAACAUUGAAGAUUGAGGGUCCAUUUGGAUUAUAUAAAGGUUCUACAGCACAUUUCUUACGGAUUGCUCCCCAUACAAUAAUCACCCUUACUGCCAACGACCUCAUCAUAAACUUGUACAAGAGGAUUAGAGAUAGAAGGUCGUUCCAAUAAAAAUUGCUCCUUGUUCCACUACGCUUCCGCGGUUUUGUUUUCGAAUUUCC